AUGUGCGACACAGGCGCUGUGGAGGCAGGCGGGGAGCGGCGCUGCCUCCUCCUCCUCCUCCUCCUUCUUCUCCUCCUCCUCCUCCUCCUUCCCGGGCCAGCGGCUGAGGCAGCGCUGCCCGCUCCCGGCCCCGCGCCCGGCCCGCCGCUCUCCUGCCUCCUCCCCUCCUCGGCCCCGGGAGGGGCAGCCCGGGGGCGCCGCGGGAGCCCGAGCGCAGCGCGGCGCCUCCAUGAGCUCCUGAGCUCCCACCCUGCCCCGUCCUCCCCGCGGCUGCGGCUCCAGGUGCGCGGGUCCGAGCAGAGCCGGGACGCAGCUGGCUGCAAUGGCGUCCAACAUGGACCGAGAAAUGAUAUUGGCUGAUUUCCAGGCAUGUACUGGUAUUGAAAAUAUUGAUGAAGCUAUAACGUUGCUUGAACAAAAUAACUGGGAUUUAGUGGCAGCUAUAAAUGGUGUUAUACCACAAGAAAAUGGCAUUCUACAAAGUGAGUACGGUGUAGAGACUUUGCAUGGACCAGCGUAUGGCCCCAGCAGUCACUCUGCUGCAGCUUCUUCAGCUCCCUCCUCCUCCUCAGCAUUUCGCCAUGUAGUGCCAUCCAGACAAAUAGUGGAAAGACAACCUCGGAUGCUGGACUUCAGGGUUGAGUACAGAGACAGAAAUGUGGAUGUAGUACUUGAAGACAGCUCUACAGUUGGAGAUAUCAAACAUAUACUAGAAAAUGAACUUCAGAUUCCUGCAUCUAAAAUGCUGUUAAAAGGGUGGAAGACUGGAGAUGUAGAUGAUAGUACUGUUUUAAAAAGUCUACACUUGCCAAAAAAUAAUAGUCUUUAUGUUCUAACACCUGACCUGCCUCCUCCUUCUUCAAGUCAUUCUGGGGCCCUGCAGGAGUCAUUAAAUCAAAACUUCAUGCUGAUUGUCACCCAUCGAGAAGUCCAGCGGGAGUACAACCUCAACUUCUCAGGAAGCAGUACCAUUCAGGAGGUGAAGCGGAAUGUGUAUGACCUGACCAGUAUCCCUGUCCGUCACCAGCUGUGGGAAGGUUGGCCUUCUUCUGCCACAGAUGACUCGAUGACUUUAGCUGUGUCAGGAGUGACUUUUCCUUGCCAUCGACUCACAGUUGGAAGGAGAUCUUCACCUGUACAAACAAGGGAGCAGUCAGAGGAGCAAUGCACUGAUGUUCAUAUGGUUAGUGAUAGUGAUGGAGAUGACUUUGAAGAUGCUACUGAGUUUGGAGUUGAUGAUGGAGAAAUGUUUGGAGUAGCUUCAUCUGCCUUGAGGAAAUCACCAAUGAUGCCAGAAAAUGCUGAAAAUGAAGGAGAUGCCUUAUUACAAUUUACAGCAGAGUUUUCUUCAAGAUAUGGUGACUGCCAUCCUGUUUAUUUUAUUGGAUCAUUAGAGGCUGCUUUUCAAGAAGCCUUCUAUGGGAAAGCUAGAGAUAGAAAGCUUCUUGCUAUCUACCUCCACCAUGAUGAAAGUGUACUAACCAACGUCUUCUGCUCACAAAUGCUUUGUGCUGAAUCCAUUGUCUCCUACCUGAGUCAGAACUUCAUAACCUGGGCAUGGGACAUGACAAAAGAAGCAAACAGAGCAAGGUUUCUGACGAUGUGCACUAGACAUUUUGGGAGUGUUGUAGCCCAAACCAUUCGAACUCAGAAGACAGAUCAGUUUCCGCUUUUCCUUAUUAUAAUGGGAAAACGAUCAUCUAAUGAAGUGUUGAAUGUAAUACAAGGUAACACAACAGUGGAUGAGCUGAUGAUGAGGCUGAUGGCUGCGAUGGAGAUCUUCAGUGCCCAGCAGCAGGAAGACAUAAAGGAUGAGGAUGAACGUGAAGCCAGAGAAAACGUGAAGAGAGAGCAGGACGAAGCGUACCGCAUUUCGCUGGAGGCUGACAGAGCCAAGAGGGAAGCACAAGAGAGAGAAAUGGCAGAGCAGUUUCGCCUGGAGCAAAUCCGGAAGGAACAGGAGGAGGAGCGUGAGGCCAUCAGGCUGUCUCUGGAGCAGUCCUUGCCCCCCGAGCCGAAGGAGGAGAGCACCGAGUCUGUCAGCAAACUCCGCAUCCGGACGCCCAGCGGGGAAUUCUUCGAGCGGCGUUUCCUGGCCAGCAGCAAGCUGCAGGUUGUCUUUGAUUUUGUAGCUUCCAAGGGAUAUCCUUGGGAGGAGUACAAGCUGCUGGGCACCUUUCCGAGGAGAGAUGUGACCCAGCUGGAUCCAAAUAAAUCAUUACUGGAGGUAAAACUGUAUCCUCAAGAAACCCUUUUCCUAGAGGCAAAAGAAUAGAUCAAACAAGAUUGUAGGACUAAUCAUCCUUUGAUAAGCCAGAGGCACAGCAUCGAGAGGAAGACUUCUCUGAGCACCACCUUGUACUGACAUCCAGCUCAAUUCCAUGUCACAAGUUUUGCCUCUUGCAAGAAUCCUGAAAAAUUGAAAAAACAAACAUAGCUUCUUAAAGUUUCACAUACAUGAGUAUAUGUUUCCAACCUCAUUUAAAUGAGCAGAGGAUAAAGUUCUGCUAUGAACACUGAACAUUAUGAUUCUGUUGCUCACUUAUCAUCCAGCUUUUGUUAUAAUUAAUGCACUGUUAAAAUGUGAGUGAUUGUUAAGUAGAAUUUUUACUCCUCAAAUGCCCCUUUUUCACCAAGGAAUCUUGGACAUUUCUGCCUGUACUUUUGACACUAGAAUGCUGUAUAUUUGAUAUCUCACUGAGCCAGUGCUCUCAUAUAUAUGCAUUUUAUUUCUGUGUUUGAAUUUCUACUUUGUCAACUAAUUUUAAAAGGCAGAAAAAAAAUUAAUGGGACAUUCUCAGCCAUGGAAAUUUAACAGUAUUAUAGUAGAAAGCAUAUAAUUUUUGUUAGUACUUUCUGACUUCUUUGAUAAGAUGUAAGGUUUUGUUUGGAGAAUAUAGUUUGACAUAUAUGCGAGAUAUUUAUUUACUGGUUCUGCUUUGGGUCUCAGUUCCAAUUCAGUUUAGGAAGUAUUUUCCAUUACAUUGCAGUGUGAAACUGCUUAUUGCAUGAUGUGAAUAUUUAAAUAACAUUAGACAUGGCCAGUACCAGAAACCUGGUAUCUUGCCAACACUUCAGGAAUCAGCUGAUAUUGAAUAUCAGCUGUUAAAAUCCUUUCAAAUACCAGAUACAAAAGUUCUUUAUUUCUCCUUGUGAAAGAAAGGGCAGUUCCCAUUCUAGCAGUUUUUCUUAAUUCUGGCACUUGCUUGUCUCCUAUUACUCUGCUGGUUUAAAGCACCUUGUUUGGUUCCUCAAACAAUGGGUAUUUUAAGGGGUGGUGUAAUAAGAAAUCUGCCUUAUUGUUGCACACUUUGGACAUAUUAACAAUACAUUAUUGAUCCCAUCUCAAAUUAAAGAAAUCAUAGUUCUCUUGUCUGAAAUGUAUGCACCAGCUACCUGCUACCUGACAUGGAAAAAUCUAGUACUUUAAAUUUCUCAACCAUAGAAUGAGCAUACUGAGGCUAAGACCAUAGUGUGCAGUUGAUGCCAAACCUGCAUCAGAACUGGUUUAUUUGGGGGUUUUUUUUCUUUUCUUUUCUUUUUUUUUUUUUUUUUUUUUUCCUCCUUCCCCUCCCCUCCCCCUUUUUUUUUUUUUUUAUUUCUGGGCUUGCAGGAUGGUGUGCAUUGGCACUACAGGAUCAUCAUCUGCUAAACUAAUUUUUUUUUCCUUUAAAGCCUGGCACAUUGUUUUCCAUCUAUGUUGAUACGUAAUUCAUAGUGUUUAUUGUAGCUGAAUGAGUUCUGAUUUGAAAAUUUUAUACUAAGCUAAAACCAGUUGCACACAUCUUUUAGUCUUUCUUUUUUUCUUUGGAAGGAUGGUGGUAUAAAAUUAAAUGUAUGCCUAUUAUUAAGAUGUUAGUGAUGCUGAUAUAUUGUUACCUUUACCAAAAAUGCAAAUUUCUGAGCGGGCAAAGCCUUAUUCUACCUUUUAUAAUUCUGUAAUUAGUGAGUGCUACACCAGGCACUUUUAGAAGUGAAGUAUCUAUGACAAACAAAAGGUAUACAAGUGUAAGCAAAUCCUAAUAAUUUGCAGUUCACAAAUAAAAGAAUUCCUAGCCAACAGAAUGAUAAAUGUAUGUGUAAUGGAAAGCUGAAUGCAGACGCUUCAUUCUGAACUUUCGUUUUCUUACAAAAAAAAAUUCCACUGCGUUUAUUAAAUAAUAAAUUAACAUGGGAUGCAAACUGGGGUUAUGCUGUUUCUACAAACAAUCGCAGUAAACAUAAAGCAGGAUUUUAAAGUGAUGCAUAUCUUUUUUUUUUUCCUUCUAAGUUGGCUUUUGAGGAAAGGAGUUGCUGAAAUAGUGCUUCAUGAAGCAAAGCAACCUUUCAGCUAAUUUGUUUAUAUUAAUCUGUUCUGUUUAACUUCUGUUUGAUCUCAUCAGGCUGUUUUCUCUCACUCAACUUGAUUUCUGUAUUUUGACUAUAUAUUCUUUACUUUGAUACUAGUUUUAUAAAGUUAUUAAAUGUGGCUUGAAUAUUUGUUGAACUUGUUGAAGUCAGUGCUCCCAGGGUUGUUUGGCCUUUAUUUUUUUCUUCUAAACUCUAUUAUUUUUUCCCUCAUUUUGUUCAUAUUGCAAAAUACACUGUCAUUAUCAAAAUGUUCUAGUGAUAAUUAACUGGAAGUGUUCAAAGUGGUGGCAUUACUUCCCUCUGAUACAAAGAUUUUGAGAUCAGUAUACAGGGAUCAUUCUGCCACAAGGUAAACAAGUGUAUCACUCUUUAAAUAAAACAUUAAUGAUUUUGGUCCUUACAUACUUUGGGCCUGAUUUCAAGAAGCGACCAUGUUGAGUCACACCAUCAGUAUAAACCAAUUCCUGUGUAGAAAUAUUAAUAUUCUAUGCCAUCAUUUUCUGCUCUCCUGGUAUUCACUUCACACGCUCUGCUGGCAUGGAUAAUCCUCUGGUCAUUCAAAUUUUGUAAUUCAGUAUUACCCUAGAACUGUAACACCAUUGCUACAGAGCACAUCCCUGAUUCUGCCUUUUUAUCUUCAGGUUCUUCACAUUAAUGGAUUACCAUUAAGGUGAUUAAUGCAUUAGUUUUAAGUCUUAGGGAAUUACUGUUGCUGAAAGGAAUCCUGUGUGAUGUGUCAGCUUCCGUUGCUCGUGGGGUGAAGGUGGGGCAGCCUCUGGCUUUGGGAGAAACUCCUGCCUGUUGACAGUGGUGUUUGAAAUCAUUAUGGAGCCCAUGCAGAACACGGUGUUUGCUCUGUACUCUCUACAUGUGCACCCUUCAGCUCAGUGGGAGUGCUGAGGAUGUUUCGAAUGGAGCUGUGUUGGAGGGUUUGUCUAUUCUUUUUUAUGUAGCAGAAGAGAACUUUGACUUUCAUAAACUGUACCUACUCAGUGACAUUAGAAACUUAAAAUAAAUUUUCAAUUGCAGCAAUA